ACUAAUUAUUAGUUAGUUAAUUAAAAAGUCAAAUUCUCGCUUUGUUCUCUCUAUAAUUAAUACGGCGGUUUCACAAAACAGAACGCUCUCAAUUCUCCCCUCCCUCCUUCCCAGCCAUUCUUCUUCUUCUUCUUCUGCCUCCGUGUCUGUCACGAAUGCCAUGAAAUCUUCAGGUGCGAUAUUUCUGGACAGAUUUCUGAGCAACACCAAAAGAGAACGAUGCUUCAACAUAGGCAGUGCCGUUCCUUUCCUUCUCACUUGUUUCUUCGUCGCCUUCAUUUUCAGCUUCUUCCUUCUCUACUCCCCCAAUCCCCUCUCUCUCGUCCCUGACCAACCCUUGCACCAACCUCACAAGCAACAUCAACGUGCCUCAACUCAACUCGCUUCACCCAAACCACACAAGCAGCAGAAAACCUGUGACUUGUUUAAGGGAAAGUGGGUUCGAGCUCCCAGAGAGUCAUCGUAUUACACCAACUGGAGUUGCACCACAAUUCCCGAUUCCAAGAACUGUUUCAAGCAGGGCAGAGAGGAUCGUGAUUUUCUGAACUGGAAAUGGAAGCCUGAUGAGUGUGACUUGCAGAGUUUCAACCCCAAAACCUUCCUCCACAUCGUUCGAGGGAAGAAGUUGGCAUUCAUAGGUGACUCUGUGGCAAGGAACCACAUGGAUUCCCUCGUUUGUCUCCUCUCACAGGAGGAAACUCCGGAGGAGAUUUACAAGGACUCAGAAGAUAGGUUCCGGAAAUGGCAUUUUCCGAAGAGCGACUUCACGGUGAUGAGCCUAUGGAGCAGAUUCCUAAUAGUGGGAGAGGAAAGAAUGGUGAACGGAACAGGGACAAACAUAUUCGACAUGCACAUAGACAAGGUUGACCCAGAUUGGGCCAACGUUGUUCCAGACUUGGACUACGCGAUAAUAUCAGCAGGCCACUGGUUCUUCAGAGCAAUGUACCUGCAUGAAGCCGACAAAGUCGUAGGCUGCGUUUUCUGCAGGCAACCAAAUGUCACAGACUACGACAUCGACUUCGCCUUACGAAUGGCCUUUCGAGCAACCUUCAACUUCAUCAACAACUGCAAGGACUGCAACAAGACAUUGAUAUUUGCCAGAACAUUCGCGCCGGCUCACUUUGAGAACGGGGUUUGGAACAACGGGGGCCACUGCAACAGGACAAGCCCAAUGGGUGAAUCGGAGGUUGAUUGGACGCGGUUCGAGCUGAAGCUUAGGGAUGUGCAGAUGGAGGAGUUUGACAGAGGAACAAGACAAGGAGACGGGAGGUACGAGGUUGUGGAUGUGACGAGGGCGAUGAUGAUGAGGCCAGAUGGGCAUCCCGGGGAGCACUGGGGCAACAAAUGGAUGAAGGGUUAUAAUGACUGUACACAUUGGUGCAUGCCUGGUCCUGUCGAUUUCUGGAGCGAGCUUUUGCUUGCUCUUCUUCUCCAGAGACACCCUUCUUCUAACUCUUAAAAUUACACAUGCAUAGAUUUAUAUAUUCCAUGAGCUCUGUAGCUGUUUCUAAAUUCCCAUGUCAUGUCGUUGCAUGUAAUAACGCCUGCAAGCCCAUAUAUAUAGCCCGUUAUCUAUCGCGAAAGCUCAAGCCGAGCACAGAAUCGGAUGCAAUCUCAUUUUUCA